UAACGCAAUCUGUGUCUUUAACGGUCUGUCAUUAUUCAGUCAGUAUGGAGCUCAGUCAACUUCCUCUUGUGCUCUUGCUGAUUUCAAACAUCCACUCUGGACAUACUGAAGAUAAAGUCCAGUUAAGUGUUUCUCCUCAGCAGUGGUUGACUGAAGGAGAUCCAGUGACUCUGAUCUGUGAGGUUAAAGGCUCCUCUACAGGCUGGACAUUCAGCUGGUUCACUGUAACUGAAACUGACUCAUCAGACAUCAGUGAUCAAUGAGCUGCUUCAGACAGCAGAAGAGGAGCUGGAGGAAAAUACACUGUCAGUUCUGCUACUGUAAACCACACUGGAGUUUAUGUGUGUAGAGCAGAGAGAGAAAAACCAGCCUAUAAAACAACAUACAGCAACAAACAACCACUGUGGGUCACUGGUGUUUCUCCUCCAGUCUCUCUGAUCAUAAAUCCCAGCAGAUCUCAACACUUCACAUCUGACUCUCUCUCUCUGAGCUGUGAGGACCAGAGUAACUCUGAUGGAUGGACAGUCAGAAGAUACACAGACAGUUGGGGGCGACUGGAAGAUUGUUCAUCAUCACACUGGGGAUCACAAACAGGAUCUACAUGUACAAUCAGAUUCACCACCCCAUCACACACUGGAGUGUACUGGUGUCAGUCUGAAUCUGGAGAGAAAUCUCAUCCUGUUAAUAUCACUGUACAAAAUGAAGUCCAGUUAAGUGUUUCUCCUCAGAAGUGGUUGACUGAAGGAGAUCCAGUGACUCUGAUCUGUGAGGUUAAAGGCUCCUCUACAGGCUGGACAUUCAGCUGGUUCACUGUAACUGAAACUGUCUCAUCAGACAUCAGUGAUCGUUAUAAGCUGCUCUCAGACAGCAGCAGAGGAGCUGGAGGAAAAUACACUAUCAGUUCUGCUACUGUAAAUCACACUGGAGUUUAUGUGUGCAGAGCAGAGAGAGAAGAAACAGCCUAUAAAACAUGGUACAGCAACAGACAACCUCUGUGGGUCACUGGUGUUUCUCCUCGAGUCUCUCUGAUCAUCAGUCCCAACAGAACUCAACACUUCAGAUCUGACUCUCUCUCUCUGAGCUGUGAGGACCAGAGUAACUCUGAUGGAUGGACAGUCAGAAGAUACAGAGACAGUCGGCGGCUGGAAGAUUGUUCAUCAUCACACUGGGGAUCACAAACAGGAUCUACAUGUACAAUCAAAUCCACCAUCACAGUGGACACUGGAGUGUACUGGUGUCAGUCUGAAUCUGGAGAGAAAUAUCAUCCUGUUAAUAUCACUGUACACUCUGGUGUGAUUCUGGAGAGUCCUGUUCAUCCUGUGACUGAAGGAGAUACUCUGACUCUACGCUGUUUGAAUAAUUCUGCAACCCCAUCAAUCCUCAGAGCUGAUUUCUAUAAAGAUGAAUCACUCAUCCAGAAUCAAACUACAGAGAUGAUCAUCUCUACUGUCUCAAAGUCACAUGAGGGUUUCUACUACUGCAAACACUCAGAGAGAGGAGAGUCGCCCAAGAGCUGGAUCUCAGUCAGAGCGUCUCAUUCAGUCUCUCUGAUCUCUGUCCUCAACAUACUCAGUUCUGCACUGGCAGCUUGUCCAUAUCUGCUCGUGACAGUCGUGCUGAUUUACAAAUGCUGCAGAAUGAGAGGUAAAACAUAUGACUGAUUUAUUAGAAGUCAUAAUCAUCAUUAUAUUUAAUUGACCAACAAAUCAGUCAAAUAAUCAUUAAUAUUAUGUGAUGUCACAUUUGGCUUUGAUCACUGAGGGUUUGUUCUUUGUGAAGCUGCUUCAAUAACAGUGUUGUGAAAACUGCUUUACAAAUACUGAACUGUCAAAUUUGGUUAAAUUAAUAUACUUACACCCCGUUUACACCUGUAUUUAGAGUCAUCCAGUUGUGAUCCGAUUGACCAAAACGCAUCUUAAUACCAGGUGGAAACGGCCUGAGUGUCGAUUCUGAACGCUGAUAAUUCAGUUAUAUUUCAGUAGACUUUACCAAAAACAACAAAUGUUAUCCAGAAUGCAUUGUUCUCUAUGGUAUAUUACUGUUUUAAUGGAAUACGGUGUGUUACUGUUACUAUUUUGCCUUCUUUUUUCACAGUUUUACAGUGUAUUUCUAUCAGCAUAUUUCAGUAGCUUUUCAGUAUUAUUAGUAAAAGUUUAGUAUAACCACAUGAACACACAGUCAUUUAUAAUAUAUUCCUUAUUUUAGUGUAAAUCUCCUGACUUGUAUUGCUGCAACAUUUAAUAUUUUAACUGUUUGAUUUAUUUUUUAAUAAAGAAAAAGCCUUAUUAAAAUGUUCUGAUGUCACAUAAAAGCAGAAGAAUCGUGACCUCUGACUGUAAUGAAUCAAGUUUUAAUCUCUCAAUUGUUUGGACUUUGCAGAAUAAACUACUGUAAUCUACAGAACUGAUUAUAGUAGAGAAAAAUAAUAUAACUAUACAAUUUCCAACAGUUCUUGAACAUGCAUUUCUUUUAUACAGAAUUCACACAUGAUUAUUUUUACAUCCUGUAGUUCAGACUGACAUGUGAAACUGUUACAUACUAGUGUUCACAUGAGAACUGCUGGUUGACGUUGUGAUGGUUUUUAACACAACUGAACAUGAACACAUGGUGUCAAGUGCUGAAUAUGUGUUGAGAGUUGUGAAAAACAAGAAUAGUGUUGAUAGUUAUGAGAAAUCUUUUAGAAAAUGGUCUGAAAACAAGAUCUGAUGUGAUCUUCUCUUCACACCAGUUUAUCUUUCUACAGCACUUCCUCUUUCACUCUCAGUCUCUCAGUUAAAUGAGUCUUUCUACAAUUUAGGGUACAUGUCAUGUU